AUGUCCAGAGAAACGAGGGGUACGACGACAAACCUGGGUUGGACACGGAUGCCAUGGCUGACGGGAUGCGCCACGAGCCAGCGAACGAAGGGCCGAGUCAUUGUGACAGGCAUCCCAUCCCGUCCCUCCAUCAGGCAGGGACCCAGACGACGAACCACGGGCAUUGGGAACAUUAGCAUCUUCAACAUCAUGGCAAUGCGCCUGCCUCUCGAGGUGUGGCUGGUGUUCAGACGCAAGGCAGAAGGCAGUCUAUGGCGCGGGGUCGGCGCCAGCCGUCCACCCCAAAGUGCGAUUGCUGACAGAAAUGCACGAUCCGCGGCGCCAGUCAUGCGCAGAAUAUGGCAAUUGGCGAGCAUUGUCGUUCAUCGCCGCGACGCUAACGACGGGGUCAUUGUCCAUAUUCAGUUCCACACGCAGGCCUGGACAGGGGAGGCCGCCGUGGCUGGGCUGCUUGCCGUGCAUGGCCCAAGACCUUGA